AUGGCCGCGGCAUAUUGGCUCAACUUGCUCGGAUGCCUGUCGCUGUCGCUGCUAUGUCUCUUCACAACUACUCUUCAAGUCACAAGCGAGUCUAAGGUACACUUUGUGUGA